GCUGCUAGCGACGUCCGCCGCGCAUGAGUUCGCCUGUCACUUCAUUCGUUGUAUCUUGAAUCAGUAGCUAGACCGCCCGCACGUGAACGUGUUUUGAAGGUUAUUCGAGUUUUAAAAAAUCCUUUUGUUAUUUGUUUUAAGAAAAAAAAAUAUGCGUUUCGCCCGAGCCAAAGGUUCCAAAGCGUCGAACGAGCGCGUGCCCGAAGACGCUACACCAUGGCACGAGAUGAAGGCCCAAUUGGAGGAGGUCAAGGAGAAAUCCAAAGAGCCGGCGGCGACCAAAACGAAAACUGCCAGACAAUUGUUGAAGGAAAAGGACGAUCCUAACUGCCCAGCGAGCAAUAGCGGUGGUGAUUGGGCCGAAUUCGAUGUGCCGAAGAAAAAUAAAAAACUAAUCGAGAAUGGAAGUGUUGGUAAAAAAGAAAAGAUCGACAAAAAAAAGUUGAAGAAGGCUGCUAAAAAGCACGUGGGAGCUGCAAACGACAUGAAGAAGCCUGUGGAAGCUACAAACGAUGUAAAGAAGCCUGUCGAUGCUGCAAAUAAUAUGAGUAAGCAUGUGGAAGCUGCAAAAAAUACAAAGAAGCCUGUGGAAGCUACAAAAAGUGCAAAGAAGCAUGUGGAAGCUGCUAAUGAUACAAAGAAGCCUGUUGAAACUACAGAGUGUACAAAGAAGCACGUGGAAAAUGUAAACGAUACAAAAAAGCAUUUGGAAGCUGUAAGUGAUGUGAGCAAGUCUGUAGAAGCUAGAAAUGAGAACAAAGAAGACGGUCAACAAUUGAGUAAAAGACAAAAACGAAAUAAAAAGAAGCAGAUAGCUAAAAAUGCAGUGAAUGAAAACAAUGAAUCAAGCAUGUUUGAUAAUGAAUGGGGCUUGAAAGUUACUGAUAAUAAAGGUCCAUCCUUAGAAGAUUAUGCUAAUGCUCCUGAUAGUAAUACUGCUCCUCAAGUAAGUGAAUCUCAAAGUCAAACAACUGAAAAUGCAGCAGACCCAAAACCCAAAAAAUUCAAGAGGAAAUUUGGCUGUUUAGACGAUAAAAACUUCUGGCGAUUUGGUUCUUUAGAUAAUGUUCCAAAGAAAUUCCAGAAAAAAGUAGCCAAACCUAGAGAUGAUGGUGAACAUAAAAGAAGAAAACCAGAUUUUCAUUCUACAAAAGUAACAAUUAAUGGAGUAGAUGUGGAAAUAUGCAAAUAUGAUGGUUUUCCAGUUAAGAAAGAAGAUGCAAUAAGAUUAACUGAACUGAGGAAAGAAAUGGUUAUGAAAGGUAUUCCAAAAAGAGAUAUUGAUGCUGCCAUGAAAUUAGAAAGAAGAAAAGCUGAAAAAGUACUGGCAAGAAUAAGGAGACAAGUUUGUUUCCAUUGUCGAAAAGCUGGGCAUAAUUUAUCUGACUGUCCAGAACUUAAUCACGAAGAAGGUGCUACAGGAAUUUGCUUUAAAUGCGGCUCAACUGAACAUACACAUUUUGAAUGCAAAGUUAACAAAAAAGAGGGUGAAUAUUCAUUCGCCAAAUGCUUCAUUUGUACUGAACGAGGACACAUAGCAAAACAGUGCCCACAAAAUAGCAGAGGUUUAUACCCCGAUGGUGGUAGUUGUAACACAUGCGGUGACGUUACUCACUUGAAAAAAGAUUGUCCAACUUUAAUAAAGAAAAAAGAAGAGACUACCUUGACACUUGAUAGAUUAACUAAUGAUAACUUGGAGUCAUUAGAAGGUGAAGGCAUGGUUGUUGAAAAAGUAGAAGAAAAACCAAGUAAAAAAGUUAUUAAAUUUUAGAUUAAAUGCUAAAGCAAUUGUAUAAAAGUUGUGCGACAUUGCUAAUUACUUGAAAGGUCUAUACAUAUUUUUUUGUAAUAUAGUAAAUUAGACACGU